AUGAUCGAAUUGCAGAGGAAAUGUUUCCGCAAAAAUUGUGAUGGCUUUGGUUUCUUGAAUCGACGAGCGCUAAGCGAUUCGGAGCUUUGCAUUUCGUCGGAUGAGGUCAGCGAGAGGACAAGCAUUCUAGACAAAUAUGGCCUUAUUGAUGCGGCCGAAGAGGAUUUCCCAUUGCCGGCGAAGACUUGCAUUUGUAUCCCGGAUGGAGUGGUGAUUGGAGAAUUCGAGUGCACUGUAUCACCGGAGUUCUUUGAGAGUCUUGCAAAAUCGUUUGAGCACGAGCAUGAGCACGGGCCAAUCGUGGAAACAAGCGAUGGAAAAGAGGUGAAAGAGUUGGAGAAACAAGCGUCACAACCGAUUCUAAGGGAAAGGCCAUUGCUGGGCGAUUUGCCGCUAAGAGUCAGCGAUCCGACUGGCAGAAGUCGAUCGAAAUCACCCGAGCACAAGGAAGAGAGCCAAAGCCGGGACAGCAGCGCUCCACCUCUGCCCAGGCGGGUCGUCUCACUGGCGAUUGGUGGCUUAAAAAAGUCAUUGGGAAUUGGAAAAGUGAAGAAAGAGGUGUCCCAAGAAGAGGACGGGUCGGAGAAUGGACACGACGAUCAUCACAAUCACAUUUCAACCCUUCGACAACAUUUGAAACGAUCGGAAAGGGACAGCCAGUCGUCAGCGAAUACAUCGAUUUCUAGCUAUUUCUCGUUGCCACGCCCGAGUCUCAAUCGACAGAAUGGCCUUCCUGAUGAUCUCGCUUCGUGCAUGUCCCCAACUAGCAGUGGUCCGCUCACUGAUUUUGAAGAAGGAAUGCCCGAGAGGCCGUCUAGAUUGCAAUUAGAACUGCCUUUAUGGUCACGUUUUGGCUUGUUUGAUGCCGAUGAAUACAAUUCUUGGUCGAAGAAAUUUCGCACUGAUUCCAUGGUGGCAAAAGAAGUGCUCAGACAGGAUAAAAUAUACGAAUUGAUUUCAACGGAAAAACAACAUUGCGCAAAUUUGGCUUUUCUCAAGCAAGCAUAUCGAACUCGAUUUCUAGAAGAUGCUCACGAUUUAUCCCUUGGACAAUAUGAGAUCGACAUCCUGAUCCCCGAUGUGCUUGACGCAUUACUCGUUUUCCAUAUCAAUUUGCUUCAUCGCUUGACGGAGAGACAAAAGGAAAAAGAUCAAGUUGAGACGAUCGCUGACAUCAUUGUUGAAGAGCUCUCCGAGUCUGGAGAACACACAGCUCGUGCUGUCAAUGCCUAUACGACAUUUGGGGUAAACAAAGAAGAAAGCGAGAAGAAAUUGGAGGAAUUGAAAGAAAGAGCGCUGUUUAGGAAAUAUCUUGAUAACCUCGUUCAAUCCGAUCCUUGGUAUCGAAAGUUUGAGAAGUUCAAAUCACUAAUGACAAGAGCAAUGGCCCGAACAACGCGUUACCAUCUGAUUCUUCAAGACAUUCAGAAAAAUGAUCUCAAUGACGCUCGAAAAGAUCUCAAUUACGCGGCGGUUAUGGCAGCCAAGGGUUUCGCGUCUCGGAUCGAUCAAGCGCUUUGCGUGUCGCAAAUGACGAAAACCUGGGAGAUUAUUAGAGAACGGAUUGACUGGACGGCGAGGACGAAAAUCGCCACAAACGAUGCCACGAUGCCGCUAGUCGAUUUUUAUAUGACCGACCUAAGCUCGGACAAAAGUGAGGGCGAAGGCCGAAAAAUCCUCGGAAUCGGCCAAGUGACCGUGAAACCGAUUGGCUCCGAUAAAUUCAAUGGGGACACAAGUUGUACUUUGAUCCUUUUCGACGACAUUCUCGUCUUUCUCCAGAAGAGACAACAGAGAUACGUCUUCUUUCCACAGGAACAAGCUGUUUUUGCUGUCGCUACUUUGUAUCCAAGAGCGAUCGAGCGUGGAUGGAGUACUCAUUUGAUGUCUUCAUCAUUUAAACCAAUGCUGAUGGAGUUGCAAUUCCGAAACAAAUCCGAUCGCGCAAAAUGGAUGGACGUCUUCGAGAAAGGGAUUUCUCGUGCCCCAAAACAGGUUCGUUUGCCUCCUCGUCGACCCGAUGCACAAACGGCGAAAGAGCGAGAGAAAGAAGAGCGACGACAAAGAGACGCCGAAGAACAUUGGGUGCGACGACUUGAGUCACAUUUUGAAGAGCGCAGAGAUUCGGAAGGAGUGGUGGCUGAGUACUUGGAUCGACGGAUGCAAUGGUUCGACCGUUUACGAUCAAUCGUCAGUGAGAUGCCCUUCAAGAGUCGACAGGAGAUCCCAGAAAAGGUGAAAGCCACGGUUCGACAGCGUUUCCGCGAGCUCCGUCAACUCCGAGUCGAACCGAUUAGCAAAUUGGUCGCCAAAUGCACUCAAGCGCGCGACCAGGAUCUUAUCGAUUUUUUCGACGACACUGCCGAGAUUGUCUACGCGCGCUUGAAGACAGAAAACGAUAUUCAAAAUCUGGACUCUGAUUCGGGCUCGGAUACGUCGGGAAGUGAAGGGAAAAAUUUGCCACGACGCGUUCAGACUUUUCACGGGAUGAGUACACCGAAAAGAGAAAAAGGAUCAUUCCGUCGUCAUACAACUGUUCCAAAAAUGUCUUCAAUGAUUCACGGAGCAUCGACUUCAUCAACAUCUAAAUUGGAAACGGCAACGCUGAGAAUGGAAGAAGAAGAUGAAGAAAUUGAGGAGAAAAAUGAUGAGGAAGAAGUGACUAGUGACGAGGAACAGAAUAAAGAGGGCAUUCCUGAAAGUCCGAAAACGCGCGAGAGAAAUCGGGAGAUUGUUCAGAAGACUCAACGAUUGCCGUUAACGAUGAACCUCCGCGCGAGACGAGCCGCCACACAAAUCAUCAAGGAAAACGCCGAGCUCAGACAAAUAAACGAUCGGCUAAAGCACGAUUUAGCAAUGAGUAGAACAGCGCUGUCAUUGUACGAGAAAUCGCGAGUGGCGCCGUUGGGAGCAAACGGAACCGGUUCAUCAGUUUCAUCUUCAGAAACGCAUGAGGCACUUCGUCGGAAAGAACAAGAGCUGAGAGAAGGAGAGACACGGUUGAAUCAAGAUCGAGACGAUUUUCUAGACAAAAAAACGCAAUUAGAGGAUAAACUGAAGAAACAGGAGACGGAACUCGAGGAAAGAUGGAGAGUUUUGAUGGAAAAAGAGACGCUCAUUGGGGGAAAUCUCGCGAAUUUGAGAGAAGAUCGCCGAACAGCUCCGCCAGCUAUGGCUCGUCCAAUCCCGAUUCCCGUUCUUGGCAACCGUACCGAAAGCAUUCCGAUUGUUCCAACCUUGUCACCAGCGCUGAUGUCUUUAGCUGAAACAAAAACAAAGAAGAAAAAA